GGUGCCAAAAUUGACAAUAUUAUCAAUACUAGUGCUGUACUGUUGUGUGCCGGCCAUAACGGGUGCAAAACAGGCCCCGAAUGUGAUAUUGUUUGUGGCGGACGACAUGGGUUGGGCAGACGUGGGCUAUCACUCCGACCACAUCCUGACACCUAAUAUCGAUAGUCUGGCCGCCGAUGGAGUGCUUCUCAACCACUUCUACGCCCACACCGUUUGCAGCCCGAGUAGGGGUGCGCUUCUGACGGCCGUACAUCCCAUACACCUUGGCUUUCAAAACUCUAUCAUUCACAACAAAUCUCCCUAUGGUUUGCCACUGGAUCGCAAAAUAUGGCCCCAAUAUCUGAAACAACGUUACAAUUACUCCACACAUAUUGUCGGUAAAUGGCAUCAGGGCUUUGCACGCAAAGAGUACACACCCACAUACCGGGGCUUUGACUCGCACGUGGGCUUCUGGACAAUGGGCAUCGGGUAUUACGAUCACCGCAACUGCUUUAAGGGCGACGAAUGCGGUUUGGAUUUUCGCCAUAACAUGGAUAUGAUUACAAACGCGUCGGAUAUCUAUUCAACGCAUUAUUUCACGGAUCGAUGCCUUAAUAUCAUCGGUUUGUUUGCCAUUAAAAAUGAUAAUAUCGUGCCAUUUAUUAUUUAUUACUUCUCAGACCAACACAACACAUCCCAACCCUUAUUCCUAUACGUGCCCUAUCAGGCGGUUCAGGCAUCGUUGGUACCCAUACGGGAUCGCUUGGAUCUGUUCCCAUACAUCCGGUCACCCGAGCGGCGAGAGUUGGCCGCAAUAGCCUAUAGUAUGGACGAGUCUAUCGGCACUGCUAUGGAGGCCCUGCAUAGCAAACAUAUGCUCGACAACAGUAUUGUUAUAUUUUUUAGCGAUAACGGCGGCCAUCCUGUCGAGAAUAGCAAUAGGGCACCAGGUCCAACAAAUGGCCCUAAAGAAAAUGGCGCCCAAAAUCGACCCCUAAGGGGUGGAAAGUACUUGUUUUACGAAGGAGGCAUACGAGUGCCGGCACUUGUGUGGAGUCCAUUGCUUAACAAAAGCGGUUACGUAUCGCAGGCAUUGGUUCACAUCUCAGAUCUGUUGCCCACUGUUUUGGAUGCCAUCGAUGGCACAGCAAUUGAUGAUCAAGCUCAUAUUUAUGGUGUUUCCCAAUGGAAAGUGCUGUCAAAUAAUGAACGGCCGGUUCGUUGGGAAAUACAGCACAAUGUGGACCCGAUAACAAAUACAUCGGCCAUACGAUGGUAUGACUGGAAACUUAUCAAAACCAGCAAACACUACGGACCCUCGUUUGCCGAUUACACCCCCUCUCCCAUAGAUAUUGGCCCCCAUUUGCGGACAAACAUUCAAAACAACGAUCGCUUGAAUAGCAAAACGUAUCGCAUUUUAAGGCAAAUGAAUCGCCGACCGGACUAUAAUGUGUUG